AUGGCAAGAGGUUCACAACAACAACAACAACAACAACAUUUAAAGAAAAAGAGAGAUGUUGAAAACAUAGGAGACGAUAAUAUCACAGGAAAACAAGAUGGUGACGUCCUCGAGGAUGGUGAAGACGGAGGACAUGAAGAGAUAUCACCUUCAUCGUCGUCAUCGGCAAAUGACUCGAAUCAAGAUAGUGGCAAUGACGACAUUAGUAGUAGUAGUAGCGGUGCAGGCGAUAGUAAUGCCGAUCACUUUGACUAUCCCAUUACCACCUUUCCAAAAGCAAGAAGCUACGUGCGAAAGAAACUGAGUGGUUGGACUAGCAAAGAAAAUCCACUAUCAUUAUCAUCGUUGCUUCCAAACUAUCGAUAUAGACGACCUAUCACUGACAGUGAUUCUAUCCUUCCAAGUCAUAAUAAUAAUAACAAUCAACAACAACAACAGCAACAGUAUUUGUUAUCUCAGUCACAGUCACAAUCAUUAUACGGUACACCAAACAUAUCAUCAUACUCACCGUCACAAGACAUUUACAUUAAUAAUCUAUCAAGUGGUACCAAUACAGACUCAUCAUCUUUUUCACCUUAUCAACAUCAACAUCAACAUCAUAAUCAUAUAUACUCUCCACCACUUUCUCCGUUUAGUCCACAGAAUCAAUCGACACCAUUGUCUGCAGUUGCUGGAUUACCAUCAUCUCACAUACCAUUUGAUAUUAGCGGUAGCAGUAUACCUACGACAUCGGCAGGAGCAGCAGCGUCAUCAUCAGACGUCUUACUUCCCAACCACGCUCUCAUUGAUCAACAACCGUCGAUGAUGGGAGGUCAAUUUAGUCCGAUUAGUGCAAGCACUGAAAUGAAACGAGACAAGGCAAAGAAAUCAAAGUACAAAGUAAUGGGACUGGUCACUGUUGUAUUGGUCAUCACUCAACUACUUGGUAUCUACAUGUUUUCAAGAGGUUUCUUCCCAAGAAAGGUAUCUCUUCAAGGAUAUAGUACAUUUGAUAAUUAUUUCCCAUCUUGUUUAGAUAAUCAAAUAGUUGAACCACAAUUUGAUAAGAUGGUAUUCAUGGUAGUUGAUGCAUUUAGAAGUGGAUUUAUAUUUGAAAAUGAUCUAGAUCAUCGUCAUACACAACAAGAUAAUAUUUUUAAAAAGGAUCCACAACAACAACAACAUCAUGAUUCACAUCCAAUGACAUAUACGCGAUCACUUAUUAGAGAGGGUAAAACCCAAUCGUUUAUUGCUCGAGCAACAGCACCCACCGUAACAUUACCACGUAUCAAAGCAUUAGUGUCUGGUGGUAUACCAAGCUUUGUCGACUUUGUCCAGAAUUUUAAUAGUAAAGACCUUCGAGAGGACAAUCUACUCUAUCAAAUGGUACAAGCAAACAAGACAUUAACCUUUUUUGGUGAUGAUACUUGGAUUAAAUUAUUUCCAGAUUAUUUUACUAGAUCUGAUGGUACAACAAGUUUUUAUGUUGCUGAUACAAUAGAAGUUGAUAAUAAUGUAACAAGACAUUUAAAUGAAGAGUUGGCAAGAGAUGAUUGGGAUUCAAUGUUUUUACAUUAUUUGGGUCUUGAUCAUAUCGGUCAUUUGGAAGGACCCUAUAGUGAUUUAAUGGCACCAAAACAAAAGGAAAUGGAUGACAUUAUUAAAUUGAUCAAUGAAAAGAUAAUCGAAAAGGAUAAACAAGCACUCAGACAAUACUAUAUAGAUAGAAAAACAAAUCCAGAUUUAAAGAAACCAUUACCAACUUUAUUUAUACUUUGUAGUGAUCAUGGAAUGAAUGAAAUUGGAAAUCAUGGUGGAUCAUCAGAUGGUGAAACAUCAACAACAUUAAUAUUAAUGGGAUCAUUAUAUUUUAAUCAAAAUAAUCCAGUUAAAGAUCACGAUCUUUUACAUUUGGAGAACAAGGAAGAGAUUGAAGAAGAGGAGUUGAAUCAUCAUGCUGCAUCAAGUCCUCAAGAUAUCCUUCCAAGAUACAUACCCAAGGCACCAAGAGAAAUCUCUCAGGUUGAUAUAGUACCGACCAUUUCUCUUCUUUUCAACCUUCCAGUCCCAAAAAACAGUCUUGGUAGACUGAUCCCUGAACUUUUCGAAAAGUUUAUUCGCGACGAUCAGUACCUGCGAGCUCUCGAAAUCAACUGUCUACAGCAAAUAGACAUUCUCAAAAACAAUACACUGUUUUGGGUCAAUGACGCCCCCGCCAUGCCAAGAAUUGCAACACUACUACGAACGUUUGAACAGGCACAAGAGUAUCACCGUAGUUGGGGCAUGUCUCCAGACCCAUCUGGAUCGGCACACUUUCACGAAAAGGCAACUCACCUAUACACACAAUUUUUGGAUCAUAUACAAGAUGAAUUUACAGCACUCUUUACAACCUAUGACGAAAAUAUGUUGAUGGUUGGUAUUCUUUUAAUUGGUUCAUCUUCACUCGUCACACUACUCAUUACAACGGCAACCAUUGGUAUGAGUGAGCAUCAGAUGAAUGUCGAGAUUAAAGGAGCUCCCUUUGCCAUGUCAUUUAUCUUGUUUGUCGGAUCACUCUUGGCAAUCCAUUUUGGAGUCAUUUGUACUACCUCUUGGAACCCCCAAAAUUGGUUUGGUGACAAUCCAAUGACCGGCGCCAACAGCACACCCAAUCCAUUUUGCACAGAAGAGUUUAGAAUGGGUGUGCUUAGUUUUGUGUUUACUGCUCUCUCACUACUCAUUGGAUUCAAUGUUUGUUUCUCGAAAAACAACAUAUCUCUUCUCAGAUUGCCAUCACUCAACCCACUACAACUUCGCAAGGAAAAGUAUGUCAUCAUCUGUGGCACCAUCCUACAUUUGAUCAGUCUUUUUGGUAGUAGUCUGGUCGAGGAAGAACAUCUCACUUGGUAUUACCUUACAACAUCUGUCAUAUUAUUACAAUUGGCUCCACAUUCACUUUCUGCUCUUUAUAUUUAUACAAGUAGUAAUCCAAAAUUAUAUAAAGAUCAUCAAAAACAAACUGUAAUAUUAAUUGGAAUAUUAAUAGGAUUAAGAAUUUGUAGAGUUUGGAAUCAAACUGGAAUUCAGUGGAUGGAUAACAAAGAAUUAUUAGAAGAGUAUAGUUAUAUUGAUAUAGGAAGAUUCUUAAACUCGGAAGGAUUAAUUUCAACUUCCAUGCUAUGGAUCCUAUCUCUUUUAUCAGUUAUUGCACCUUGCAUUUAUGUAAUGAGAUUAUUGGAUAAACUAAAAGAUAAACGUGGUGGAAUCAUUUCACAAUUGAGUUUUAUUUAUAAGAUUAUAAUUGUAUUUUGUGCAAUUGGCAUAUUUAGUUAUAAAUGGAAUUAUAUACCACAUCAUUUGGUUGAACCUGUUUUUGUUGCUAGAUUUGUUUAUGCUUGUAUUGGUAUGAUGGUUUUAUUAACCAUUACCUUUCCUUUUUUUAGUAAAAAUGAAAGAGUAGUAUCAAAUUCACCAUUACCACAUACACCAUCAUGGGUUUUUAGUACAUUAAAGUUUUUGCCUACUUUAAUGUUGGUGAAUCUGGUGAUGAUGUUUUUAUUGUUGCAUAAAACUCACAAUAUGUUUUUGUUUACCAUCAUGGGUGCAAUUGGACACUACUAUUUGAAAUACCUUUUGGAAGAUACUGGACGUCGCGCAAAAUCAGGAAUCGUUGGUGUCAUUGUCGGUAUGAUGGCACUCAAUUGGUUGGGACAAUUUGGAUACUUUGCAUUGGGUAAUUCGAACUCACUCUCGACCAUUGAUAUAUCUGGUGCCUACACUGGACUAAUCGAAUACAACCAAUAUCUAGUUGGUAUAUUAACCUUUUUAAUUGGAUAUUCUGCUCCUCUAUUCUUCUUUUUCGUUUCAAUCUCUUAUUUCUCUCAUCUUGCAAUUAAAUCUGUAAACAAUAACCAUCAAAGUGAACCAUCAUUACCAAACUCGAUUGGAACUACCAAUGACAUUAUAGAUGAAUUACAAUGGUAUUCAUUGAUUGGAGGAUUAUUGGAUUGUGGUAUAAAGUGGACCAAUGUAUUCAUAUUUAGUGUUUGUAUUGUCAUUCAAAGAUACCAUUUAUUCAUUUGGACUGUGUUUUCGCCAAAGUUUAUCUACGAAGUACUUGAUGUUGGACUAGUCGUCACCAAGGCUUUUCUCCUAUUCUUGUUUAUCAUCUAUCUCCGCUUCCUCUCUUAUUGUCGUGAAAAGUACUCUUUAAAUGAUACUUCAUCCUCUCAACAACAAAAUAAAGAAGAAUAA